AUGCAAGAAGACAAUACAUCCUACCUGUUCACCUCGGAUAGACAAGGAUCACUUUGCAUUUUAACCCGGAAACAUCUACACGAGAAAGAGAGAGAACAAGCACCUUACAGCUGCGCCAUCGCUUACGAACUGUAUUACCGUGCGUACUACAUUAUCAUUACAAAAAUUUUCAAGGGUUACACAUGCGUUCAAUGUCAACAACUACAACAGUUGCACUUAGACUUAGACGGUCUAAGCGCGGAUGCGACUAAAUUAAUAAUAUGGGAAAAGAAUUGUGGAGACCAGCGCCUAGAUAUGCACGUUUCGGACACAUUAGCCAGAAAAGUGUUAGUAGCUGAGAGGAGACAGCCUAAUAAAAGUGAUAAGCUCUUCCAUUUUACAUUGUUAAUAAGACACGGCAUACUGAAGAAUAACAUCCAUUAUUGCGAUUGCUUCAAUUCAGACGGGCAGAGCAUACCUCGUAAAUACGCAGAUACAACAUCGGCGGUGUACUGA